UUUUUAUAAACAGUCCUCCACCUGGAAGAUAUGUUUUGUUCCUUACCAAUCCAUUAUCUAAGUGAAGUGAAGCCUGGCUGCUGGUCUUCCUUUGGGGAAAUACACAGUGAAUCAAUUAUGAUAAAAAACAAAAAACAAAACUUGAAUCUAAAAAAAGUUUUCAAUGAGAUAUCAUUUUAAUUUAUUGUAUGGCUUACCUGGUUGAAAAAGGCAUUUUCAAGAAAAUCAAAAUAUUAUUUCUGAUGGUGGGUCACACCCACGAAGAUAUUGAUCAGGUUUUUUCCAAGUUUAGUCACUGGUAUGGGAGGCAUGCAGCUGUAACAGUGGAGAAGCUUAUGUCGGGUUUUGAGAAGUGUUUUACCCCCCAGCCCACCAGUAUAAAAACUGAUAAAGUCUUCAAUAUUACCGAGUGGCUCACACCAUACAUGAACACAAUAAAGAAUCACUCCCGUCCCCAUGUGUUCAAAAUUCAGAAGGAAGAGAGUGGGAAAGCAAAGAUCUGGUGGAAAGAGUGGUCGACCGACAAGAAAUGGAAUCGAACCGAGGAGCCCUUGUUGAAAUGCCAGGUGGAGGGAGAGCCAGAAGUAAUCCAGCCAAAUUAUCAAGAAAUCGAAGAAAAUCUGGAAAAACUACAAAAUGACGUCCGGGCCAGCUUCAAAUACUUUGGAAAGGAUGAGGACAAGAAUUGGUGAAUGUCAUUUUUUGAGAAUUACGAUGAAUGGGGUAUAAUAUAAAUAAACGAGAUGUUA